AUGUUCAGUGGAAACAAAGCUGAGUGUAAGCACAUACAAUAUAAACACAUACAAUAUAAGCACACGCAGUGUAAGCACACGCAGUGUAAGCACAUACAAUAUAAGCACACGCAGUGUAAGCACACGCAGUGUAAGCACAUACAAUAUAAACACAUACAAUAUAAGCACACGCAGUGUAAGCACACGCAGUGUAAGCACAUACAAUAUAAACACAUACAAUAUAAGCACACGCAGUGUAAGCACACGCAGUGUAAGCACAUACAAUAUAAACACAUACAAUAUAAGCACACGCAGUGUAAGCACACGCAGUGUAAGCACAUACAAUAUAAACACAUACAAUAUAAGCACACGCAGUGUAAGCACACGCAGUGUAAGCACAUACAAUAUAAACACAUACAAUAUAAGCACACGCAGUGUAAGCACACGCAGUGUAAGCACAUACAAUAUAAACACAUACAAUAUAAGCACACGCAGUGUAAGCACACGCAGUGUAAGCACAUACAAUAUAAACACAUACAAUAUAAGCACACGCAGUGUAAGCACACGCAGUGUAAGCACAUACAAUAUAAACACAUACAAUAUAAGCACACGCAGUGUAAGCACACGCAGUGUAAGCACAUACAAUAUAAACACAUACAAUAUAAGCACACGCAGUGUAAGCACACGCAGUGUAAGCACAUACAAUAUAAACACAUACAAUAUAAGCACACGCAGUGUAAGCACACGCAGUGUAAGCACAUACAAUAUAAACACAUACAAUAUAAGCACACGCAGUGUAAGCACACGCAGUGUAAGCACAUACAAUAUAAACACAUACAAUAUAAGCACACGCAGUGUAAGCACACGCAGUGUAAGCACAUACAAUAUAAACACAUACAAUAUAAGCACACGCAGUGUAAGCACACGCAGUGUAAGCACAUACAAUAUAAACACAUACAAUAUAAGCACACGCAGUGUAAGCACACGCAGUGUAAGCACAUACAAUAUAAACACAUACAAUAUAAGCACACGCAGUGUAAGCACACGCCGUUGCAGUGCUGUAUCGAGCAUCCCCGCGGCAGGAAGCGGGCCCUCUCAGCAGCGGCUCCGGCGGGCUGUCCCUGCUGCUGCCUGACAGCCCACAGCCUGCCAACGCCGCGGAACAUCGCGCCGGGGGGCGCUGUCCGCGUCGGCGUCGCGCGCAGGCACCCAACUAGACGACUAGGCGAAGCGGGGUCCUUGCUGUCCCGCCCGUCUCGUCCCUCCCCGGGGCGCAUGCCGCCAUCGUUGGAAGAGGAGCCGCACGAGCGGCUGAGGGUGCUGGGCUUGUUCCGCUGGAGAAGAGAUGGAGAUGAGAACUCCUGA